AGUUCAAUUUUUGACCGCGUAUCAAAAUGAUAAUAUUCUCUCUAUAUCGAGUUGCGUGAUGAUUCGUCGGUGUGUACUGAGCUGCAUUCAAAAUUGCUUUUGCCGCCCAGAUACAGCUGACUAUUGCGCCGAAUCGGUGACCCAUUUAGGUUUUGUUAUUCUGCAAUUGUCUCUGAUUUUGGACAGUAACAUUAUAUGGCCUCGUCUAACCCUCUCGUUGACUUUUGACGGCACAGGUCUCAGGAUUAAAAAAGGCCGAAACACCACCACGUACAAAAGCUGCUGCAAGCGAGUUGCCACACCAUGUCGGAGCUGAGUGCCACUCGACAGAUUCGUGUCUCUCCGACCGCAGUGCGUAAACUAUAUACCCUAUUUCUCGUUCGUAAACGCGACAAGGUGCUACUCGGCAUGAAAAAGAGAGGUUUCGGAGCUGGCAAAUGGAACGGAUUUGGAGGCAAGGUCGAUCCCGGCGAAACAAUUGAUCAAGCGGCAAUACGCGAGCUGAAAGAAGAGAGCGGCCUUGAGGUAGCCACUUUCCAUAAGUUCGCUGUAAUCACUUUUGAGUUCGUUGAAGGAGAUCAUAUCAUGGAGGGUCAUAUCUAUACAUCGAACGAGCCAGUUGGCGAACCUGUGGAGACGGAGGAAAUGCUACCUCAAUGGUACCCAAUUAACAAAGUUCCAUUUGACAAAAUGUGGCAAGACGACAAAUUCUGGUUUCCACUAUGGGAAAGCGGUAAGCGAUUUGUCGCUUAUUUCAAGUUUCAAAAUAAUGAUAUUCUUUUGGACCAAACGAUCCGGGAAAUUAGUGAUGACUCGCAGAAGCUAGAACCAAUGUGUUAAACGGAGAGCUGGUGUAUCUUGAAGCUAUUGCGUGCAUUUCAGGGAAAACCUCAGGACACUCUCUAAAACUUCAACCUUCGGUCAGAAAUAUAGGGCUUCUCUAUAUAUUUUAGACACGGUAAAAACUACACAUCAUGAAUCGUCGAAAACGACUCGUUUCAACUAAAGAAUAGCAUAUGUUAUAAAAGCUGAAUAUUUAAACGUAAUAUCAAGUUCAUAUUUGUAACGGCUAUAUACGUAUUCUUGCAUCAUAUGCCCGACCAAAUAAAGGUGCACAAGUUCGUGAUGUGAAAAAAUCUAAAUUUCUAUAUUACAAAAUAGGAAGAAGGGAAAAAAAACGUUAUCUAUCAGCUCAUUCAUUUUGUAUGCUUUGUUAAAACUGGUUUUCAUUAAAUAUAACUAAACUACAUUAGCUGUAUACCUAGCAACUUCGACUGUGCUACUGAAACAUCUAAAUAUUAAAAGAGCUUUAUCAGGCUUCAGUUAUUUAGCUAUUAACUGUUGUCAGGUCAGGAUAUUCAUUCAUUUGUAACCUCACCGAAGAGGUAGUCCACAGUCAAGAACAACGAAUAUAUAGUAAACCCUUAUGUAUCAUACGUAUAGUUUACAGACCAUGCUAUUGCUGGAACAAAGAAUCGUCAAUGGUUUCCAUGAAAAUGAUUCUUUUUAGUAGAGAAAUGCAUCUUUAAGCGUGGCGCAAAACAAGCAUGUCGUGUGGCCUUUACCUAUCGAAAAUUCAAUCAAUCAAUCAAUCAUUCAUACUCAUUUACUCAGCUUUGCCGGAUAGACAUUUCGAUAUUUUACAUCAUAUAUACAUAACAUAUAACAAUUUAAUGUACAAAGUUUUAUAUGUUAUCCUGUACCAUCUAAGUGUCAUUUUCACGAGCCUGACUAAAACUGAUGUCAUUAAGCAAUUCCUAGAAUGAUCGGCC